AUGCAUAACCCGCUGCCCGCGUCUCUGGGCAGCGAAUGCAAAAAAGCAACGCAGAUACUUGACUCCUUCGUCAAUGGCUCGUGGCGCGGGAGUCCGGGGCGCGAACUGCCCGAGCGCGUUUUGAGGGAGGCCAAAGGCAUUGCGAUUCUAACCGUGACAAAAGCCGGGUUCUUGGGGUCUGCCCGCUUUGGAUCGGGUGUGCUCAUUGCGCGUCUUCCUGAUGGACAAGAUCAAGAUACUGAGGAUGGUGCUACAUCUACAGCUUCCCCUGGUGGUGGUCGCUGGUCACCCCCCUCAGCGAUCGGUAUCUUCGGCGGCGGAUUCGGCGGACAAGUCGGGUUCGAACUCACGGACUUUGUGUUCAUUUUCAAUUCGGCCUCGUCUCUGGCUUCAUUCUCGAAGUCCGGGUCACUGACUGUAUCGGGGAAUAUUAGUAUUGCGUUUGGGCCCUUGGGUCGGAGCGCGGAGAUUGCAGGCGGCGUUAGCGGUGCUGGGGCAGGGAAGAUGAUGAGUUUUGCGAAGACGAAGGGGCUUUUUGGCGGCGUGAGCCUGGAGUCUGGGGUUCUUGUUGAGCGGCGCGGGGCGAACAAGAGGUUUUAUGGGAAGAAUGUUAAGACGGCGGAGAUUUUGGGGGGGAGGGCUGUGCUUGAGAAUGAGGAGAGGGAGGGAGAUGCGGUGAGGGAGUUGAUGAGGGCUUUGGGGGAUGUGUUUGAUGCGAGCUCUGCGAGGGCUGGAGAGGAAAGGGGACCAGAGUCAGUAUCAGCGCCAGCAGUAGCACCAACAGUAGCACCAACAGUACCAGCAGCAGAGCUACCGGCAGAACUACCAGCAGAGCCAGUAUCAGGAGGACCACAGUUGGGACAAGCGGCUCAGAAUACGGCAGGUGCAGGUGAAGCCGUAGAUAGAGAAGCACAAGCGCAAAGCCAGCCCGUACGGUCUGGAUAG